UUUUUAUCACUCGGCAGAAAUUUAUUUUUAAAUUAAAUAAUUUUUUAAACUUCACCGGUGCAAAUUGCAAUUGCAAAGUGCAACGAAACUCGAAAGGACAAAACGGUCAACACGAAUACAUUUUGCAGAUCAUUAUUAUCGGUUUCAAUUUCGCUUAAUUUAUUUCGUGGCAACCACGUAUCCAAAUUCUGUUCUCAAGCUUUGUGGAGCUUUUAUUCAUCAUGUCUUCCAGUAGAAAUUAUAAUCCAGGAUGGCAAUGUAAAGCAUCGGAAUGUUUCGACGAAUGGAAUAAAUUGUUCUAUCAAUGGAAAACGUUCCGUCGAUCCCAAAGAAACUUGUUAUUAGCUUACGUCGGUCUACCAUUAUUUGGUACACCAUCAGAAGUCGCAGACUUGGAGAAUAUCUGGUACAAGUUCAAAAAAGAUCAACGGGAGAUUAUCGUCAAGAUCGUCGACAAAUUUAAAUUUGGAACUGGUUGUGUGUCUGUCGGUCAUACAUAUUUAUACCUCGAUACUGACGACGUGGUUUGCGUUUUUAGGCAGAUGAAAUCCACGAACGAGAUCAUUUUUAUCGAUUGCAACGGACGCGUUUAUAAAUCGUGGCAGCAUUUUCGCGAGACAAAUCAAUUACCUGAUUGUCGUUAUAUGGCUCCGGUAGAUGGAUUGCAUAAAGUCAACCAAACCUGCCAAAUUUACGAAUCACCAGCCGCUGGUAUAGGCCGAGAUCUUCAAACAGCUGAUACAAUGGCAGCUGGUUGUACAAUGGUGGCAUUAGGCCUUAUGGGAUUAGCUAUGGCUCCUGCUACAGCCACCGUUCUAGGUACUAUCGGUACAGUGUACGCUGUCGGAAGAAGUAUCGGUGUGUUGGAUGAUCGUAAUGAACACGAAGAGUCCAUCGGUCUUGAUAAUGCUCAAUCAGUCUUAUCUUGGGCGACCAUUACAACAUCUGCGGUGACUGGUGUGUCUGGUGUAGCUCUAGCUAGAUCCGCUCAGAUCGUCGAAAAAUCCGGUAAUUUUGCGAAUGUGGCCAAAGCAGCGUUGAAAGGAUUAAGUUACGCGAGUUUAACGGCAAACAUUUGUAAUUUCGGCACCUACGUGUAUUGUUUGCAGCAGAAGGUUGCCAGUGGUGAAAAACUAACCACUUUUGAUCUGAUGGAAGGAUGCGUUAAUUUAUUCCUAAUCGCCGGCGCCGUUUCAAAUACUCGUCAAAUGAACAAGUACAUCAGCAGCUUGGAAACUGCACCUAAGACUACUGGUGCACGUUUGACUCGUACUGCUAAACGACGCUUGCAGAGAUUACGAGCUAAACUACGUCGUGCCAAUGGCGGCAAUGUUCCAGUAAACGCUGAUGUUAAACAAGUGACCACUUUGGAAGAGAAUAUUCCCAGUUGGGGUUUGAGUUUCGUGUUGAAUAGUGGUCAGCAAUUCUUAACCAAGCAUAUCAAUAUUCAGCAUAUAUAUUACAAGUGUCUCGAAAUCUUGAAUACGUGUAACGAUUUCCGGCUGGGAAAAAUCCCUCUCAUCGCUUUUGCCAGCAAUAUGAUAAACCAUCUUCAAAAUCUGUACAUAAUAGUGACCGAUGCCAUAGUGUCGACGAAAUCAAAAGUUGAAUCGUUUUUGAAACGGUAUUUUCAUUAUUCGCAUACAGUUUCCACUUCAGUGACUGAUCAAAUUAGUCAUAUGGUCGAAAACGCGAAAACAACCGUAAAGCAGGUAGAUGAUAAGCUGAUGGAACUGAUAGAAGACGAGGAAGAACAACAAUCGUCAGAAACCGAAUCCAAGCCGAACUACGAAAUUAUUUUCAACGUGGCAAAAAAUCGUAUUCCUCAAUCGACCCAAACCAGCGAAAUAAUUUGCUCUUUUAGUGCACAACUGUCAUCUCUGAUUUCAGAAAUAAUCACCGAACUGAACGAUAACUACGAAGAAUGGGUUUCGAUGAAUAUCGAAACCUUCGGCAAAACCGAAGCCGAUAGAAUGUUCUCGGAAAAUGGCAUAAAUACAUUGAACGAUUUCGCCAACUUGAAUUUUAUACGUAUUAUGGAAAAUAAAAAUGAUACCGUUAAAGUGAACCGUAAUAUCGCGAAUGAUGAAACAAUGCAAAAAGUAUGGAUUUUGUGCAAAACAGUACUUUCCAAAGCAGCAACAGAAACCACUCUCGCCGAACUCGGUGCGUUGGCAACGUGUAAAAUGCUGAAAAAAUCAAUCGUCGAAGUUUUCAUCCCACUUGGUGAAAAAUUCAAAUCUGCUAAAAAACUGUACGAAAUGAAUGUUUCAUUUGUGGGACCCGAAAAGGCAAAAAAUAUGGUACUAAGCUCGUUAAAAGUGAACCAAAAUCGAUCUUGCGUAAUUAAUAACUCAACAUUGUUCGACCUCGCUGCGGAGAAAUUAUCUCUCGAUGAAAUAGCGUCAGAACUUUCAGAAGUCAUAAAAGGUGAAAAAGAAACGAAUAAAAUCAGUAGCCUGAUCAUCGACGAUGAAGAUUUGCUGUCUUUAUGCGAUAAAUUUUACCAAAAAGUGAAAUCCAUAUCGAAUACAACCACUGAUAGUUAUUCUGAUCGCGAAGAAACACUAAAAAAUUGUUAUCAUUUUUCGAUGGAGAAAUUCGUGAAAUUAUUUAAAACCAAAGAAGAAGAAGUAAAAACUAAAACCUCGGACUUUAUCAAAUUACAAAACGAUCAGUUUUUCGAUCGACGAAGGUUUGCCAUUGCUUACAGAAAGGCGUGCGAAAUGAGAAAACACGAAAUGUUCGCCUCUGUGGUAGAAUAUUUCACCGAAGAAAACCAUCUGACGAGUUUGGCCGAAGAAUACAUCGCUAAAAAUAAAGGUUCUAGAAAUCGUGUCGCCGCACCGGUGUGUUCUGAGAUCAACGAAGAAGAAGACGGAGUACGAAUGUUUUCCAUAGACGAAGGCUGCUUUUUAAAUGUAUCAGCUUACAAAAGACAAGCUGCUUCAUUGUUUGGUUUGAACGAGUAUGAAAUGAAGCUUGAAAAAUGGGAAAAUGGAUCUGUGAUUUUGAAAUGCGGAUAUUAUAAAUACGUCGCGUUUCAAAAUGUCGAUGUGAAAUCGAUGAUGGUAAUGGAGGUAGACACGUCCAAGGAUCGUCAGUUGGAUUUUUAUUGAUUGUGAAGACUGAACGCCUUUACUCGUUUGUGAUUUUUUUCACCAAUUUUACAGUAUCUCAAUGUUAACUAUUUAUGCUCAAUUGUGUUCGAUUUUAGUUAAUAUUGUCGACUCAAGUCGUAGAAGUUUCUCAUUUUUUAUAUUUUGCGAAUUGUUAUUUUAUUUUUUAUUAAGUACCUAUUUUUUGGUAUUUGAAAAACGAUUCGAAUUUACCUAUUUUGAUUCAUUUACGUAUUACUUUUAUUUACUCGUUUUACCUAUAUUAAUUUUGUAAUGUUUCUAACUGACUAUACAUCGUAUCUCCGUGUUUAUUUAGGGUAGCCAAGCUACGAAAUGUAUUUCGUAUAAGUUUAAAAUAUGUAUUACCUAAGUCGUUGACCAAAGGUAUAUAUUUUGUUUGAAAAUGGUUUGCAAUGUGUUCUAUUCUGUAACUUUUAAUUACGUUUAGAAAUUUCAACUUUGAAUUUCGCAUAUCGAUUAUUCUCCUUUUUUUCUAUUUUUUUGUUUAACCUCGAUACAUUAUUGUAAUUUUCAGAAUUAAUUAAAAUAUUCUUCAUACACGCA